UGUAAAUGAGAUCUGCAAGGCUGCAAAAAUAAGUAAUAAAAUAACAGCAACAAAAAUGCACCAUAGAGCCUCUACAAUUUACUCAAGUCUUGAAGUCCCAGAAGGAGAGAGGGAUAUAUUUUACCGCCACAUGGGUCACUCACGGGAUAUGAACCAAUGUCCAAUGGCUGUAGCUGUGAUUACCAAAGCUGGUAAAUACUAUGGCAACCUAGAGAACAAACCACGAUGUUGGCGUUGCAGGCCGUACAGGGAUGGAACCCCGACAUGGGCCUGACUUUGUGCAUUAACACUGAGGCACUGCGUUGAACACUGGCCAGUGAGAUGUCUAAUUCUGUUUAAAGAAACUGCAGGAACAUCACUGUCUUUGUCACAACAAAAAGGAGCAGGUGAUUUGUGACUGCUGGAGAAACCACACAUUCAAACACAAACAUUAAGUCUGGUCCAGUAAAUGCAGAAGAAGCCUCGUCGGACAACUCUCCCAGGCAGAGUGGAGUACUGGAGACUCUGGAAGCUGGAGAUCUAAAACCAAAUACAUUUGGAACUGACUGGUUCUCCUUUGUGCAGAAACUGCCCUUCAUUGUGACUCUGUUUGCAGGAGUAGGCAGGCUGUGAAGCUGGGGGUCCUGUUGUUGCCUAUCAGGGUGAGGAUUAUGAGGCCUUUGCUAUUGAAAACUCUUUUCAUAUUUGGCCUGUGGAGUGCCCACCUGGUGAUGGGUAACGAUACAGAAUUCCACGAGAACAGCCAUCGCAUCAGCAGUGCUCUUAUCCAAUGUGGGGAGUACAGUAACCAGGCGCUGUCCAAUGGGAAGUGCAGAAUCACGGCCACUCUGCCACAAUUGGACGAGCAGCGGUGCCCGGAUAUGUUCCGCUGUACAGACGAGGUCUCUUAUUGGCUCCACGAAAAUGAGGAGAGAAAGCAGCAGAUUCUGGAUCUAAAAGAGACCAUAUCUGAACUGCAGGAGGAGCUUCGAAACCAUCGGCACCGCAUCAAAGUGCUGGAGCUACAGAGUGAGGAGAAGAAUGGUCUGAACGCAUCACUGGAGCACCGGUUUCGCAAGCUGGAGCAACGCUACAAUGAGGCCAACACUCUGCUGCACAUCCACGGCUCUCUAAUCUAUGACAUGCAGGCACAGAUACACAACCUGUCCCUGCUGGUUGAGAAGGUGCGCCGGAACCCAGGGUGCAUGAUUAACAUUGUCCGGAGUACACACCUUGAUCCCCAGAAGGCGCUGCACCCAGAAGUACAGCACGUGAAGAACUGCCCCUUAGACUGUGCCUCGAUCUAUUACAAUGGGGUGCGCAGGUCUGGAAUCUACACGAUUGUACCUUCCAUGGGAGGGGUGCCAGUUGAGGUCUUCUGUGACAUGGAUACUGAAGGUGGAGGGUGGACUGUGAUUCAGCGGCGACAGGACGGAUCAGUAAACUUCAACCGCAGCUGGAAGGAGUACAAGGAAGGCUUUGGGGAUCUGAACACAGAGCUCUGGCUGGGAAACGACCACAUCCAUGACAUCUCGAGCCAGGGGGACUACUCUCUCCGCAUUGACCUGGAGGACUGGAAUAACAAGCACAAGCAUGCACUAUAUGAGAGCUUCAGUGUUGAGGAGGAAGCUAACCACUACAGACUGCAUGUGAACGGGUUCAGUGGGACAGUGGAGGACUCCUUCAGCUGGUAUCACAACAAGCGCAGUUUCAGCACUCCAGAUACUGGAAACAUCUGUGCCGAGAUCUCUCAUGGGGGGUGGUGGUAUCAUCAGUGUUUCUUUACCAACCUCAAUGGAGUCUAUUACAAGGGUGGUCGAUACUCUGCCAAGGGCAAGAAUUUGCUGGGUCCUGAUGGGAUUGUGUGGUACAGCUGGAAGGACUCGGAUUAUUAUUCCCUGAAAAAAGUCACCAUGAUGAUCCGGCCACGCACAUUCCGGCCCCGCCUAUCCCCAUAAAGGAGUUGAGGGACUUUCUCAUAAACUCAUCCUAAGCUUUCCAUUAAGGAAUAUCGGACAGCUGAACUGAAAGCCAAAGCAGCACCAGGCCUAAAAGUGCGAACCAAGCCCAGAUCUGUCAUGCUAAACAGUCACAUGCAAUUCAUAAGAUUCCAACAUGUUAAAAUGCAAUGCAAUCAUAAUAUUAGCAUCAACAUGUUAAAAUGCAAUGCAAUCAUAAUAUUAGCAUCAACAUGUUAAAAUGCAAUGCAAUCAUAAUAUUAGCAUCAACAUGUUAAAAUGCAAUGCAAUCAUAAUAUUAGCAUCAACAUGUUAAAAUGCAAUGCAAUCAUAAUAUUAGCAUCAACAUGUUAAAAUGCAAUGCAAUCAUAAUAUUAGCAUCAACAUGUUAAAAUGCAAUGCAAUCAUAAUAUUAGCAUCAACAUGUUAAAAUGCAAUGCAAUCAUAAUAUUAGCAUCAACAUGUUUCUAGAGAAUUCUAUCUGUAAAAGGCUUUACACUUGAUUGGCAGUGUUAUAGCAUGUGUUUUUAAUUUUGGAUAUAAGAGUAUGUUGAUGUUCUACAUUUUGCAAUGUUGAUUAUUUAAUGAUAACUCAUUGAAAUUUAGGGGAUUAACAUCACCAUUUAUUUAUGGGAAAAGCAGCCUACUUUUAUGGAUGGCUUUUUAGAAAACUCGCCUGUACCUGUCAAAACUCUGCUCCUCAGUGGACUCACACUAAUAAAACACUUCUCAUACAUUCACAGCUCAAGUCCCCAUUUCUAUGGGUCAACAAAACUAAAGUUUUGUUUUGUUUUGUAUUUUUUACACCUUCUAGGGCAGGGUCUCCAACCCUGGUCCUGGAGUGCCCCUAUCCAGCAGGUUUUAUAGGUGUCUUUACAUCAUCAGUGACUAAAGAUCUGGAACACCUGUUAAUCUUGACUAAUUAAGCCAAUAAUUGUUUCAAUUAAGUAACAGAGAUUGGUUGAAACGAAAACCAGCAGCCACAGUAGCUCACCAGGACCAGGGUUGGAGACGCCUACUCUAGGGACUCGAGUACUGUGAUCUGUCCAGAUCAGGUUAUUUAGACUAGUGGUUCUCAAACUUUUUGGGCCACACCCUCCUUCCUCUUGUCUGUGGUACUUGACACCCCCCCACCCCCAUCACACACACACACACA